AUGUAUUUUCAUUUAAAACAAUUAAAUCUUCGUAAGAGUUCGCUUAAAAUAACUUCUCAACAUACAUUUGUCGCUAGUGUCAAUAGUACAUCUAAUCCAAUACAAUGUCGUGAUUUUGGUCUUUUUCUUAUUACAUUAAUUCCAAUUUGUUAUUCACAUAUAUCUGAUAAUGAUGCUGAACAAGCUUUAUGUAAUAUCCCAUCGAUAAAUGCAUAUUUUAAUCAAGAACAAAUUGAUCAUUCUAAUGCAAGCACAUCAAAUAUAUUUGAAACAUUAGAUUGUAUAUUUGACACAAUCGUUCGUCUUUUUUAUUUCCCUUUUAAUCAUGAUAAUCAUACAUUAAAUGUAUCUAUAUCAGAAAUAAAUAAUAUUCAUAUUGAAAUUGCUCAAAAAUUUAUUGAUCUUUCACUACCACAAUUAACAACUGAAUAUAAAAUUCUUUGGUUUUAUCAGAAAAAAAUUCGUUCACUUUUUCUUAUAUUUCGACAAAUUAUUUCAUAUCAACCAUCAACAUUUACAACUAGUUUUACAUCGAAUCCUAUUGGUUCAAUAAUAACAGUUAUUUAUAAUUAUCUAUUAUCAUCAGCAAUAUCAUCACAAUUUCUUAUUCAAUUAGGAUUUGAUACUUUACAAGGUUUUGCUUUAUUAAUUGAAAGUACACUUUGUAAUAUAACACAAACAAAUUUAGUUCAACGACGAACAAUACAUGAUUUAUUAAAUUUAAUCAAUCAAUUAUUAAUAAGUGAUUAUUUUCUAUUAUUUAAUUUGUUAAGUACUGAUAAACAAUAUGAAUCUAAUGCAAAAGAAUUACUUGAACAUUGUUCAAUUAUAUUAAAACGUUUAAAAAUUUAUCGUUCAGAAAAAUUACAACGUAAACAAAAUCCUCGUAUUAUACAAACAUAUUGGGAAAAUAGUUAUGAACAAGCAUAUAUAUUACAUCAUCAUCAAAAUUCAUUUGAAAUAAUAAUUAAUAAUAGAAAUAAUUUUGAUGGUAAUAUUGAAAUAAGAAAUGAUAAUGAUGAUAAUAAUCAAAUGAAACGUGUUUGUGUUAUUAGUGCUAUUUAUGAUAAAUUAUUAAGAUUAGCUAUUAAACAAUUAGAAUCUAGUCAACCAUUAUUUUCUGUUAUUCAAGAUUGUCUAUUCUAUUUAACAUCUAUUGGUUCAUGUUCAUGUUAUUCACUUUCUCAUUAUCGUACACUUUUAUCUAAACUAAAUCAUCUUAAAGCUAAUGAAGAAAUCAUUACAUCUCUUGAACAACAAUCUAUUAAAUUAUUUCGUCAAGCAUGUCUUCUGAUUUCAAAUUGUUUUCAACGUAAUCAUUAUCAUCAUCAUCAUGAUACACAAAUACCAGAUAAUACAUUAUUUUGGUCAUAUUUAUCAAAUCAUUUAUUUCAACGUUCAUCUCAUUAUUCACUUAAAUUAAUUCGAUCAUUUCCAGAUCUUAUACAAUGUUGUUCAAUAAACGAUAAACAAUUAGCUUUAAAAUGUUGUAUAAUUCCAUCAUUAGAAUUUUAUCGUACAAAUAUAUCAAUACAAAAUUCAACAAAUAUUGAAAUAGUUGAAUAUCUUAUUCAAACACUUCCAAAUCUUUUAUUUGACAGUUGUAUUGAUAUACAAUUAUUAUCAUUAUCAGAUACAUUAAUAUCUUUAUCAUCAUUAUUACCAUCACUUCUUAUUCAUACAUUACCUGCAUUAGGUUGUUUACUAACAUCAACAUCAAAUUGUUUAAAUUUAAAUCUAAAUUUAUCUGAAUCAUUUCUUCAUUUAAUAAUUAAAUUAUUAAAUUCAUGGUCAUUACCCAAUGAUAGUAUUGAUAAUUUAUUACAUAUACUUAUUAUACUUUUACAAAAAUGUUCAAUAUUUCGACAAAUAUAUUAUGCUAAUUUAUGUCAUUUAAGUCUAUAUGAACGUUUUCAAUUAAUGUUAAAUAAUAAAUUACCAAUUCAAUCAUCCAUAAUUGCAAGUAUACUUGUAUCAAUAUCAUAUUAUACAAAAUCAAACGAGAAUUUUAAUUAUAAAUUAGUACUUGAACAAAUAACAUUAUUUAGUGAAAAAAAUCGUUAUAAUCGAUCAUGGUUUGAAUUGCUUGUACGUUUAUCAUUAUCUCAACAGUAUCAAGAUAAAAGAACAAGAUGGAAAAGUUCAAUUAAUUAUAAAAAUCAAUCAUUAAAUGAAACUGAUGAUGAAAAUUUAACAAAAUCACUAUUAUGUACAACAAAUGUUGAUAUAGAAAAUAUUGAAAAUAUUGAUCAAGAUGAAGUUUAUCAAGGUGAUAUAGAAUCACUUACUGAUGAUAUACCAAUAGAAAAAAUUGCAAAACAUCAUCAAACAAUUUAUUCAAAUUUAAUUCUUUUUCCAGAACUAGUUAUUCUUGGAUUAAAAAUAGCUUGGCAAAAUGUUGAUAAUGAGUGGAAUGAUCAACAAACUACAAAUAAAACACCUCUUUAUGUAACAAAUCUUGUCACCUACUUAGAACUAUUAUCAUCAUUAAUUCGUGCAAAUAGUUAUAAUUGUAUUGUAUUAAAAAAAUUAAAUAUCGAUGAUUAUCUUUUUACUUGUCUAACACAAAUUGUUCCUCGUUCAUUAUUUCCACAAAAAGAUGCUUUAAUUUCAUUAAUAAUAACACUUCUACAAUUUUUAUGGUCACAAUCAAUAACAGUUCAUCAACUUGAUGAAUGUUUUAAAUUAAUAUUAAUUCAUCGAUCAUUAGUUGGACCAUUACUUCGUUUAUUUAAACAUCUUGUAAAUCAAAUAGAUUCAAAUCAACCACGUUCAUUUUGUUCAAUGCCAUUAUCAUCAAUAGUGACAUCAAAAGGUGGAAAUAAUUUACGUUUAACACUUGAUCAAUUAUUUUCAUUAAAAUAUCCUCAAAUAGAAAAUAAUUCAAUAAAUUCAUCUGUUAACAAUAAUAAUGUUCGUCAAUCAGCUUUUGUUACUGAAACAGUAAAAACAGUUCAAUUUCAUUUUCCAUUAACAAUAGCUAUAUGGUUAAGAGUAAAUUAUCCAUUUGAUAAACAUGAAACAAAUGAUGAAAAUCAAGAUGAGAAUGAAGAAUCAACUAGAAAAGAUUAUCGACCUAUGUUACAUAUUCUUACAUUACAUCAUGAGGGUAUUCAAUUACAAUUUUGGUUAGAUUCAAAAUCUAAUAUUUAUUUAAAAAUUGUACAAGUAUCAUCAACAUCAGAUCAUCAACGUGAGUCAUUUUAA